CAGGGUGUGAAUGGUCCCCAUAGGAAGGUGACAGUGUGGGGCAGACAAGACAGCAUCACUUGCCUUGCAGCUGGCGGUGGACCACAAUGCAACAGGUUUUGGAAUAUGCAUUGGAUCGAGCCGAGUACAUUGCUGAAAGUGCUCGACAACGGCCAACCAGAAGAAGAGUUUCAUCCGGUGGGAGGAAAAGUUUGUAUCAGAAGCUGUAUGAGCUGUACAUAGAGGAAUGUGAGAAAGAGCCAGAGUUAAAGAAUUUGAGGAGAAAUGUGAAUCUGCUGGAGAAGCUGGUGUCUCAGGAGUCUGUAUCAUGUCUGGUGGUCAACUUGUACCCUGGGAAUGAAGGCUAUUCUUUAAUGCUCAGGGGCAAAAAUGGAUCUGAUUCUGAAACAAUUCGUCUGCCAUAUGAAGAAGGAGAACUGCUGGAGUACCUGGACGCUGAGGAGUUGCCUCCUAUUCUGGUGGAUCUGUUAGAAAAAUCACAGGUUAACAUCUUCUACUGUGGCUGUGUAAUAGUAGAGGUAAGAGACUACAGGCAAUCUGGAAACACCAAGAUGCCCACCUAUCAGAGCAGACACAUCCUGCUGCGGCCAACCAUGCAGACUCUCAUCUGUGAUGUCCAUGCCAUGACCAGUGACCACCACAAGUGGACACAGGAUGACAAAUUACAGCUGGAGAGUCAGUUGAUUUUGGCCACAGCUGAACCUCUGUGCCUGGACCCCUCCAUUUCUGUCACUUGCGCAGCCAACCGCCUGCUGUACAACAAACAGAAAAUGAACACUCGCUCCAUGAAACGGUGUUUUAAGAGACAUUCUCGUGCGGCGCUGAACAGGCAGCAGGAGCUGUCCCACCUGCCCUUGCCACCACAGCUACGACUCUACGACUAUCUACAGAGGAGGAAGGAGAGAAAGCCUGCCCCCGUCAUAGACCUGAAGAUCUCAAAGAUUGGAAACUGUGUUGACAUGUGGAAGCAGAGCAACUGCCAGCUAUCUGUACCGAAGGAAAUCGAUGUGGAAAAGUACGCUGUGGUCGAGAAAUCCCUGCAGCUGGAGAACUCUCAGCCCACUACUGUGAUUUGGCCUGCUGAGGAAGUUGUAGAUGACUACACAUUUGAGUGUGAGGUGGGGGGCCAAGCACAGAGGACCAAGGUUUCUAUCUUCCAGUCAAUGGGAGACCCGCUGGUGUACGGGAAGAUCUACUGCGCUAAAGAACCAAAAACAGAGGACAACGGCACAGACCUGAAGCUCAUACAUCCCCCCUUCCUCAUAGGCUCAAAGAUAGAUGCAGACCGGUUUCUUACUCAGUACAAAGGAGUGUAUGAGAGAGAUGUGAAGUGUCAGGUCAAAAUGUCCCAUAACUCAGGCAAUGUGGGACAGGGGCCACCCUCCCCCAACAAAGAUGAGGGUGAUGGUAUUUCUCCAUUGGUCCAGAUGUCUGUGUUGGGAAAAGGGGUGAAGCACCGACCCCCUCCCAUCAAACUGCCUCUGGGAUCAGGCAGCAGCUCCUCAGGUAAUCUAUAUAGUUCACAAGCCACCAGUGGUCUACUCAAGUGUCCUACACCCCCUCCAGUCAAAAGCCAGUCUCUGAACAGGAAGCACUCCAUGGAGCUGGGCCAGGUGGGGCUGCUCUCACCUGCCUCCCAGUCCCCUGUGGGUUCCACACAGAGAUCGGGGACCCCCAAGCCAUCCACACCAACACCCACCAACACGCCGUGCUCGACCCCUCACCCCACUGACUCCCUCACUGCUCCUCUCUCAGUGACCCCUACCCCUUCAGACCCUUCUAUGGUGCAGAGCCAGUCGCAGCCCGCCCUCCUCACACCUUUUGCUCAGCAACAGCUGGCUCUAAGCCAGCCCCUGCCCGUCAUGACCAUUCCCCUGCCCACCAUGGGUACAUCCAUCACCACGGGAACCACCUCGUCACAGGUCAUGGCCAAUACUGCAGGGCUCAAUUUCAUCAAUGUGGUCAGCUCCGUCUGCAGUCCUCAGACCUUGAUGAGUGGCUCCAACCCCAUGCUGGGGCCAGGUUUUAACCUGAGUGGAAUCCUGCCAUCUGGAAGCCUCAUGCCUACCAUGCAGUCUGCAGCACAGACCGGGAGUCCUUUUGGCCUGAACAGCAGUGCUGGGUUGAGACCACUAAACCUGCUGCAGCUCCCCACUGGUCCUCUCAUCUUUAACUCUCUGCAGCAGCCACAGCUGCCCCAGUUCUCCCCACAGCAGAGUCAGUCGGCCACCUCCAGUCCUCAGCAGCAGGGGGAGACGGGUGACCAGGGGUCAGAUCAAAAUUUAGGAAACCAGCAAACAGCGGUCAUUAACCUGGGAGUCGGAGGCUUCAUGUCUCCACAGGCAACAGUGCUGUCCCAGUUGGGCUGUGGGCUGGACGGGUCUGGGCCCCCGCUGCCUUCUCCAAGGCUUCAGCAGCAGCACCAGCCACAGGUCCAAUUGCAAUUCUUGCAGCACCAAAUGGCUAUGGGAGCAGCACCUCCUCAGGGGGGAGCGCCACGGCAACAUAUCGCCAGUCAACCAAGAAGUAAGAGGAAGAGGAGCACGCCACAGCCCCUCCCUAAGUCAUGACAGACUAAAGUCACACUAAGAACU